GACUUCUCAACCAGAGGAAGAUGAAGCUUCUGAUUUUGGUAACUCUGCUCGGGCUGAGCUCGGCUCAGUUCAGCCCGAAUACGAGGAGCGGAAGAACCUCCAUCGUCCACCUGUUCGAAUGGCGCUGGGCUGAUAUCGCAGCAGAGUGCGAGAGAUACCUGGCACCCAACGGCUUUGGAGGAGUUCAGAUCUCACCUCCAAGCGAGAGCAUCGUGGUCACCAACCCAUCAUAUCCAUGGUGGCAGAGAUACCAGCCAAUCAGCUACAAACUGUGCUCCAGAUCAGGAAAUGAGAACGAGCUGAGGGACAUGAUCACCAGAUGCAACAAUGUCGGGGUGAACAUCUACGUAGAUGCAGUCAUCAACCACAUGUGUGGAUCAGGUGGUGGCGCUGGCACACACUCCAGCUGCGGCACUUAUUUCAACGCCAACACCAAGGAGUUCCCAGGUGUGCCGUACUCAGCAUUGGACUUCAACGAUUCGAAAUGUAAAACCGGCAGUGGAGGAAUCGAGAACUAUAACGAUGUUAAUCAGGUGAGAAACUGCCGUCUGGUUGGUCUUCUGGACCUGGCCCUGGAGAAAGACUACGUUCGUGGAAAGGUGGCCGAUUACAUGAACAAGCUUAUUGAUAUGGGCGUGGCCGGAUUCAGAGUGGAUGCCUGCAAGCACAUGUGGCCUGGAGAUCUCAGCGCCAUUUAUGGACGUCUCAAAAACCUCAACACUAAAUGGUUCUCGAGUGGUUCCAGACCUUUCAUCUUCCAAGAGGUUAUUGAUCUCGGUGGUGAGCCCAUCAAAGCUUCUGAGUACACAGGACUUGGAAGAGUGACCGAGUUCAAGUAUGGCGCCAAGCUGGGUAACGUUGUCCGUAAAUGGAACGGAGAAAAGCUUUCCUACCUCAAGAACUGGGGUGAGGGAUGGGGAAUGAUGCCCACCGGUAAAGCCCUGGUGUUCGUUGAUAACCAUGAUAAUCAGAGAGGCCAUGGAGCUGGAGGUGCAUCCAUUCUCACAUUCUGGGAUGCCAGGCUUUAUAAGAUCGCCACUGGAUUUAUGUUGGCCCAUCCCUACGGAGUGACCAGAGUGAUGUCCAGCUACCGUUGGAACCGGAACAUUGUCAACGGACAGGAUCGCAAUGACUGGAUUGGGCCACCCAGCUCCAGUGGCGGCGUCACCAAGCCGGUAACCAUCAAUUCGGACUCUACCUGUGGAAAUGAUUGGGUUUGUGAGCACAGGUGGCGUCAAAUCAAGAACAUGGUGAUUUUCCGAAAUGUGGUCAACGGACAGCCUUUAAGCAACUGGUGGGAUAACGGAAAUAACAUGAUUGCUUUUGGCCGUGGUAAUCGUGGUUUCAUCAUCAUCAACAACGACACCUGGAGCAUGGACAUAACUCUGAACACCGGUUUACCUGGAGGAACCUACUGUGAUGUCAUUUCCGGCCAGAAGGAGGGAAGUAGAUGCACCGGAAAGCAGGUGACGGUUGGAAGUGACGGACGAGCCAACUUCAAAAUCAGCAACUCCGAUCAAGAUCCGUUCAUUGCUAUCCAUGCUAGCUCUAAACUGUAAAAUCUGCUUUAAAUAAAAGAAAAGCAUUUCAA